AGAAAUUCUAGAUAAUGGCCGCCAAUUCUUUAGAUUUCAUGGAAACAGCUGAUGUGCGUCUUUUCGUUUGAUUGAGGAUUUAAAUUGCUAUUUGGAUGUUUUAAUACGAGAGAAGAUUUCAUUAGAUGAUUCUAUUUUUGAGACAAUAUUGUGUGUGGAUAUCAGGAUGUCACUGACUAUUCAGCAAAUAAUUUUGGAUGCUAAAAGGCUCGCAGGCCGCCUCAAAGAGAGGGAAACGGAGGCAGAUGCUUUGUUGACAGAAACACAAACAGCAUACAGGCAAAUUCAUACAAUGAAACAGUACAAAGAAGAAGUGGAUACUUUAAAUGAAGCUACCCGAGAACGGCCAAGAGGAGCUCUCAUUGCCAGCAUUGAGAGAGAGUCUCGUCUCAUGCGGGAUGUGCAAAGGGAGAACGGAGAACUCAGAGCAGCCCUCGAGGACCACAGGCGAGCCCUUGAACUCAUCAUGUCCAAGUACAGACAACACACGGAGAAAAGAAUAUGGGAGUCCAAGAUAGAUUUUACAUCUGCAAUGAAUGAUAAACAAUCAGAGCUGAUUCGGCAGCAAGCGGAGAGGAUCAAUGAGAUGACAAGUGUCAUGUGUAAGGCUGUGACUAUGGAUGAGAAUGGGGACACCAGAAAAGAAGAGGAAACAUACCACAGGCUCAUUACAGAGAAUAAGGGUCUGAGAGAGAUGCUGGAUCUGUCGAGGACAUACGGCUCGGAUAAGCCAGCGCCGCCACCGAUGGAGGACAAGGACGUCCAGACUGACGGGCCCCCGGUGACGACCGCGUGACGCCCAGUGCGGGACCCGUGCACCCUAUGAGCGGACCCACACCCCGCGCCCCGCCCCCGCCCCCGCAACCCCUCACGUCUAGCGACCACAGGAUACACAGGUCUUGAUCUGAGCGUCACCAUUCCAAUUUUAAAUACUAUCAGAAUCUGAUUAAUCUUAACGUAACUUUCAUAUUGAUAGCGCCAAGCCGAUGGUACAAACUUGUGGAUAUUAUUAUAACUACAUUUUAUAGCAUAAUGCACCAAUUUAUAAGCCUUUAUAGGAGUGUUGAAGAGAUUUAAUAGUAAGAUUCAUUCAUUAAAAUAGAUUAAAUAAUGUCAGUCAGUAUUACAUAGUACUUAAAUUUUGUACCAUUGUCUUGGUGUAGGUUAUCGAACUUGCAUACAUUUUUUAUAGCGAGGGAAAUGGAAAAUGAAGCAUAUAACUAUUGAGCUAUUGGGAAAUGAUGCUGAUGCUGUAGAUUUCUCAUUUGGUUGUAUUUGAUGUUUAAUAGUAUGAAAUAAUUAGCGCUCGUGUUAUACCUAUUGUACGUAGUGUUGAAAUGAAACAUAGUUUCUCUUGUAGAUUCAGAAAUCAUCUUGGUUAAUAAUGUCACUUAGAGAUGCCAAACACUCAUUGUGGCAAAAUCUGUGAUGUUUAGUGUUUACACUUGUUUUAGACAUGUCUGAAUUAAAGUUUAUAAUAAUUUGUCAACAAACUAAUAAAAUUGGAGGAAGUAUUUCACCACAAUCAAAAUAUGAAUGCAAUUUAUACCGUAAUAUGAUUUUAUAACUUAUAACAUACUUACUACGAUGUAUUUAGAUAUUAGUUAUGCGUUAAUAAGACGUUAUGUUUAGUUUCGACUUGAUUAUUCGGUGGUUUUGUUUAGGUUAUCCAGUAAAAAUAUAUUGCAUUCUUGCAAAUGUAGCGUUUAGAUAUUUUAAAAUUUAUUCAUGAUAAAUUAAGUUUAUAGAUAAUUAUUUCAGUUUUUGACGAUCAUUGUAUUUUUAUUGUAAGAUCGGUCGAUCGUGAAGCUCUUUGAAGAUUUAGAAAAUAAGGCCAUUAACGAUAAUAUUAUAACUCACUAAAUUAAUGCUGUUGAAGAAUGCUAUCCCAUUUUAUAUAUACAUACUUAGAUCAAAUCAUGCGCCCUGAGACUUGCCGCAGUAUACCUUACCUAGCCAAUAUUUUUAGUUAAUUUUUGUGUACCUUCAGUAAAUAUUGGGACCCAUGAACGUGACAAAGUAUGUAAACGAUAAAAGUUUUGAAUACAGCUUAUAAUAAUACUGCGUUUUCUCCUAACGGGUACUAGCAGUAACUAAAUAAAUUAUCAUUCAAUUAAUAUACUUAUGAAUACUAGUUAUAUUUAAAACACCGACCUCAUUACCUGAUUUGUUGUUAUUUCGCAGAUUCAUUCAUGUAGGCUAGACAAAAUUUGUGUACUCUGUUUUAAAAUAAGGCCUUGGCACAUGUUUGUAUUGUGUGAAAGCCUGAAUGGCUGUGCUGUGACCAUAGAAGAAAUAAUACUACGUUUACCCUUGCCUGGAGCCAGGUGCGAUCAGUUGAUUAGCGAAGUAUCAGUAAUUGAAUGAAUUGUCCAUCCCCCUCUAACAGAAGAGGUCUUUUACUUCUUAUUAUUGGUGAGACUCAAAAAAGAAUAUGUACUACCUAUAUUAAAAUGUGUCAAUGCCUUAUUGUACCCUAACCCUACUUAUUAUAUCUUGUUAAUAUAGAGUUACUUAUAGCGAUAACGAAGAAACGUUCACUGCUAAGUGGUUUUGUGCUCUAGUAAUAAAAAUUUAAGGAAUAUGAUACUAU